UGUGUUGUUUGGUAUGGAUGUACACAUACAGACGGCGGAUACGCGUAGCGCAUUGACGGCGCUUAGUAGAAAAUUGUUUAUAAAAACGGAAAUCCCGAAUAAUUUUGUGUGAAUUCUUGAAAUGAAAAAGCGCAGUUGAGCGUGGCACGAAGAUAUUAUAUAAUUCGGUUAAUACUAAAACGUGUUCUGGCGUGCGGUGAAAAAAAAAUUUGUGAAAAAUCAAACUCAUCAUUCAUACAUUCGAGUGCCGAAGCUGAUUAGUGAAUUUUGCUUAAAAACUUAUUAAUGUGUCAAUCAAAUGGCCGAAAAGUUGAAAUACGCUCUAAGGCUGUACGUUAAUGAUUUUUACCAGCUGCGACGAGGAUGUGAACCCUUAGUCACUUUGACGAGUUCACUGCAGCAAUAAUAAUAACAACAACAGCAAAAUAAAUAGAAGCAUUUACUGUUAUUGGCGUAAAUUUGUGGCUAUUUUGAAAAUUCGACACACCGGCAUAUACAUACAUAUAUACAUAUGUUCAUGCAACACGAAUGCGGUGUGUGCACUGAUUAGGCCGACCGAUGCGUAUGAGUGCUCACUUACAGCAAUUUGGUCAGCAAUCUUUAAAAGCAAAUCAAUUAAGUGUGUGUGUGUGUGUGUGUUGUUUGUGUUAAUGUGUAAAAACAGCUGCUCCAACUUGGUAUGGAACCGUAUGCAAGUUGAAGCGUUUCAAGUAGGCAAACAGGCAUUCAAUUAAAGUGUAACCAUUCGUGCGUGUGUGCGUGUUUACUUGCGUGUUUCCGUUGCUUGGCGUGUUCAAGGCGCCACUCUGUCGUCCUUCGAUUGUCACGCGUAGCCAACUUGAAUGUCUGCCACACUAAGGCUGAGGCUGAGUUUCGUCGUUCAGGUCACACGUUUUUGUUGUACCAAGUGUGAUUCGGUCGGUUUGCUGGUGACUGUGUCGCACUUUCAGACACAAUCAGCCUAAAGUGUUCUAAAUUUGCUGUGUCUGAGUGUGUGCUCCGACUAACUGGUACCCCCCAUAUGACAUACCGUAGUGAGGAGUCAGUGGUAUAGUGCCUAUUUGUAAUCGCCAUUAUAACGGCUUAGCAGCUGAGUAGUCAAACGAUACAGCACAUGUAUGCCUCACUAUGCAAACGGGUAUAACAAUCUUCUACUUAACCCGAUUCGUGGAACAAAUUUGCUGUAGGCGUACGUGUUGUUUAUAAAUAUUGUGAAAAAUAAAAUACCAUAACAUCAGUAUAUAUGAUACAUACAAGGCAUUGGCAACAUGUGCAGAUGAAAGGAAUAAACCUAAACAAAUGUGGAAAAAAUUAAUCUGAAAAAGUGUAUUGUGAAAAAUGUCACAGUUACCUUUUUGUCAAUUUUUGGCAUUGGCAUUGACAGCUGUAUCUCGCCAGAAGGUGCAUGAUAGGCAUGCUCAAUAAGCCACUGCAUUAAAGUAUUAAGUAAUGGCGAAAAAGUAAACCUUAGAAAUGUGGAAGCAAAAAAGUGAAAAAACAAAUUGUAUGUGCUAAAAAAACUAUUACGAGCGGAAUAUAUAAAACAAUAAGGAGAUUUUAUCAACAAAAAUGUAACAAUAAAUUAAUAAAAGGUUCACAACUUAAAGAAAAAAUAAGUAUAUGCCACAAAAUAUCAAAUUUAAGUUAUCAUUGAACCACUAACCUAACUCCCAGCUGGCUAAAAAUUCUAAGUAUGUGUUUAUGUGUCGCAACAUCCGAUAAUGUGUGCGCUGAAAACGUGUCAGGAAUAAGUGAAGUGAAAUGUAAUUAAAUUUUGUGCAAGUCAAACGGAAGUAAAGAAAAUUGUGUGCGAGAGAAUGUGAGAAAAUAAGCGUAACAGCGGUAACAAAAAAAAAAAAUAAUAAUAAUAAAUAAUAAUAAAAAAAUAAACAAAAAAUAUGUGAAAAAUAUGACAAAAUUGAAAGCGAAACUAAAAUAUGAGAAACAGAAUCUUCGUCGCUACACCUAUGAAAAAAUAAAAUAGGUUGUCAGCUGUAAUCUAAGAAAAUGUGAAAUCAUUCGGUGCUACCUAAAAUUUCUAGACUCAAGGAAUAUCAAGUGAUUAGUGACGAAAAGACAAAUGUUGCAAGGUGUACUCUGGUACAUAAAGCUCUUUUCGAAUAUCACCAAACUCAAACGAAAAUCUGUAUGGAUCUGGUAAACUGUAAAACAAGAUCACUAUCACUGGCAAGUGAUGGACUAAAACUUAGUAGAUUCAUUUUAAAAGACUUUAAUUGAAUGGAGUAAAGGCCCAAAUUUGCAUCAACAUAUGAUCAUAAAUAUCAGGAAGUCUACCAUAUUUAAAAUGAAAUGAAAUACUUUUUACAGUUAAUACAAGUUAGCCAAAUUAACCAAUAAACACUGAGCGAUUCUCAAACUUCCAGUAGACUUUAGAUAAACGUAAAGUGAUAACAAAAUGAUAAGCAAAAUGAAAAUAAGAAGAAAUAUCAUAUAUUCACCAAGUAUGGCAAUUUGACUGCCACCGUAAAUGUGAUACGCCAUUAACAUAAGUGAGUAAAAGUAGUAAGCCGUUAGGUGCAUAAAUAGCAAUAACAACCAUCUACGCAGUUCACAUCACGCCACGCUCAGCAUCAGCGAAAGCAGUUUAAUAGCUGCAGCAACGGCCAUAAACGCAUAGUGCGCUAUAUAGCGCCAUAAUGAUAAUGUUACUACACCACACUCACCUGCUGAAAACAAAAUCCACCGUACCUACGAUACUAUUCCUCCUCUUGUCAUGUCUUGGCGGCGAUGGCGGUAACAGUGGCUCAUUUGCCACAGCAGCGUCAACGACUUAUGUUGCAGCAAGCAAUCAAUAUAGUAAAACAAGAAGUUAUAAUCGCAGUGGACGUGAUAUUGGUACGUAUAGUAGUGGCAGCAGCAGCAGCAGCACAUCAGCUGUUUUUCGUGCGCUCAUCUCAGCCUCAGCUACUGAUAUCAGCGGUAUGCAGUCUGCCGCCUCAUUAGGAUCUGAAGGCAACGACUCUCCGUCACCAUUAGUAUCCUCACCCAUUACAUCUGCUUCAUUGACCGCUGCAAAUUCUUUGCUGGGACCAUCGUUGUCAUUGACAAGUAGUAGUGCAGCAUCUGCUACUGCAGGUGGUGCCGCUCUACUCACAUCAGCCUCAUUAACGGGUAGUGCAGGUGUCAGUAGUAUUAGUGGUGUUGGUGGUGGUGGUGGUGGUGGCAGUAAUGGACGUAGUAGUCGUCAAAAUGUUAAUAUCGGUAUAACCAACAACAACGUCAACAGUCAUGCACAUGGCGCACAGAUUGAUCAACUGCCAGCCCAAUUAUCUUCACGCAUCAUACACACACGCAAUGGCGCUAUAUCCGGUGUUAUCGUACAGCUUGAAGGUCGACAUUUGGAUCCGGUGGAGGCGUAUCGCGGUAUACCAUAUGCUUCGCCGCCUGUGGGCAAUUUACGCUUCAUGCCACCAGUUUCGGCGGCCAUGUGGUCGGGUGUGAAGAAGGCAGACAGAUUCAGUCCCGUGUGUCCGCAACGUCUGCCAGACAUCGCCAACGAGACAGCCGCAUUAGAGCGUAUGCCCAAAGGGCGGCUGGAGUAUUUGAAGCGUUUAUUGCCGUAUCUGCAAAAUCAGUCGGAAGAUUGCCUUUAUUUGAACAUUUAUGUGCCCAUACAAGUUGCAUCACGUGAUGCGCCCAGUAGUGGCAGCAGCAGCAGCAGCAGCAGCAAUAGCGGAACCGGUAGCACUGCAGGCAAUAACAACGGUAGCUCAGGGCAAGGCAAAUAUCCGGUGCUGGUGUUUGUACAUGGUGAAUCCUAUGAAUGGAAUAGCGGUAAUCCGUAUGAUGGUUCGGUGUUGGCUAGCUUUGGACAAAUUCUGGUCGUCACAAUAAACUAUCGACUGGGCAUAUUAGGUUUCUUAAAUGCCAAUACCGAUCGCUACUCAAAACUGCCCGCCAACUAUGGCCUAAUGGAUAUUAUUGCCGCGCUGCACUGGCUGAAGGAGAACAUCGCUGCCUUUGGUGGUGACCCACAAAGUAUAACAUUGGCCGGUCAUGGUACUGGCGCUGCGUGUGUGCAUUUUCUGAUAUCUUCGUUGGCCGUGCCGGAAGGCUUGCUCUUCAACCGCGCCAUACUCAUGUCCGGCUCGGGUCUGGCCCCCUGGUCUCUGGUCAGCAAUCCCGCCAAAUACGCCGCAAUUGUUGCACAUCACGUUAAUUGUGCACCCGAUCUCUCGCAUGCUCAUCUUAUGAAGUGCUUACGCGACAAGACACUGGAUCAACUAUUGGGUGUACCGAUACGCCAGCCAGAAUUCGGUUUUGCUUUCGGGCCCAGUAUUGAUGGUGUGGUAAUAGAUGGCGGUGACUAUGUGCCACCAGCAGCUGGCUCGAUCGCUGCCCAAGCGCAAGCUUCCACGGCUGCCGCUGGUGGUUUGGGUGGUGGUGCGGGUAUUGCAGCGGCGGGUGGUUGGGGCACACCAGGACAAUUGGAGAAUAUCGUAUUGAUGAGGAAAACAGCCAUUAACAAGUUGUCGAGAUAUGACCUGUUAGCUGGUGUCACACGUGCCGAGGCAUUUUUCUCCUUCAAUUCUGGCGAUGUACAGUAUGGCAUUGAGGCGGAUCGGCGCUCGAAAAUACUAAAGGCCUACGUACGAAAUACAUACACGUAUCAUCUCAACGAGAUAUUCGCGACGAUUGUCAAUGAGUACACGGAUUGGGAGCGACCCGUGCAGCAUCCAAUUAAUAUACGUGAUGAAACACUAGAAGCGCUUAGCGAUGCUCAAGUUGUAGCACCCGCUGCUCAAACCGUCGACUUACACUCAGCGGAUCAUCGCAACUCAUAUUUGUAUGUCUUUGACUAUCAGACCAGAUAUGGGGAUUAUCCUCAGCGACAAGGCUGCAUUCAUGGCGAGGAUCUACCUUACCUUUUCGGUGCACCGCUUGUGGGUGGCUUCAGUCACUUCACGCGAAAUUAUACGAAAACCGAAAUUAAUCUUUCGGAAAUUGUAAUGCUCUAUUGGUCUAACUUCGUACGUACAGGUAAUCCAAAUGAACAAAUGGAAGGCGACCAUCCUGGCAGUCGUCAAGAGCGCAGCCGUUACAAGACAAUCGAAUGGACGGCAUAUGAGAGCGUGCACAAGAAAUAUCUCAAUUUUGACACAAAGCCAAAGCUGAAAAAUCACUACCGCGCACAUCGUUUAUCCUUCUGGUUGAACCUCAUACCCGAUCUGCACAAGCCAGGCGGUGAUAAUGUGCCCGCAGCGCAUCAUCAAUUAGUAGACGAUACCGAUGAAGAUGUCGACAAUAAUAUCGCAAGUGAUGCGACCAUAAAACCACUUAACCCACCAUAUUCACCACAUGCAGGCACUGCCGCACUUGGUAAUUUUACAUUAUUCACUAAUCAGGUAUUCUCGCUGCUUAAUCUCUCAUCACCAUCGUCGGCACGCAACGCCUCACGUUAUGGCGGAAAAUUGUAUCCAGGCGAUGAUGGCGGCGAAGCUCAUGCGGCCGGCAGUGGUGCACCACCAGACAACCAAGAUGGCUUCGCUGCAUACUCAACAGCAUUGAGUGUGACAAUUGCCAUUGGCUGCUCACUGCUCAUACUGAAUGUGCUCAUAUUCGCCGGCGUCUACUAUCAACGCGACAAGACGCGCCUCAGUGAACCGCGUGCGCAAACUAAAUUGAAGCGACAGGAAAAUGGUCAAAUGCCAAAUAAUAUUUGUGGUGAUCUCGAGACGUUGACGAUACACACGAAAAAUGAUCCGGCGACCAUACUCUCGCACCAUCAUGCGUUACAGCAUCAGCAUCAAAUGCCACCACCCGAAUUCGCAGACAUACCACAUCGUGCGCCGCCUCCGCCGAAGCAUUUGAAAUCCUUGCAGGACACGAGUGGGAGCAUGAAUAUGAGUGGCGCUCUCAAUGCGACGAGUAACAUGUCUAGCGGCGGUGGUAUGGUGGGUGGUGGCAUGUGUGGUGGUAAUGGUGCGGGUGGUGGUGGCAUGGGUAAUACAAAUGGGCAAAGUGGCAGCGGGACGACCAGUGCCGGUGGCGGUGGUGGUGGUGGCGUUGGUGGUGUUGGGGCCGGCAAUAUGAUGGGAUUGCUGCCGCCACCGCAUGCACUUCAAGUGAUGGGCAAUCAAUGUGGCACAUUAACCAAGAAGAGCUGUAUGAAGCAAACACAACAGCAACAACAACAGCAGCAACAGCAACAGCAGCAACAACAACAGCAACUGGUUGUUACACAUCAACAGCAUUUGCAGAAUCAUCAUAAUCAAAGUAUGACGACGGCGUUAAUGGGCGGAGGCGGUGGCGGAGGAGCAGUAGGUGGCGGUGUUGUUGGUAUUGGCGUUGGUAGUGUUGGCCCACCGCCACCAUCGGUAUCCAGCACACAAGGCCAUCAGCACACAAACGCUCAGCAAGCGCAUCAUCAGCAAGGACAAUUGCAGCAAAUCCAACAACAUCCCCUAAUGGAUGAAUUGCGAGUGUGACAUUAAUUAACAGUGCGUUUCAAAUGUGAUCUCUAACGGUGAUUAAAUGAUUGUGAUGUGAAAUGAAGUGGAACGGGGAGACUUCUCACAAAUGAUACACACAUACAUACUCGAUAAAGGAUACAUGGGAGUCUGAGUGUUGGUGUCUGCGCGUGAAUGGUUACAAAUGAAUAGGUGUGUGUGUGUGUAUGUAUGUGUUUAGUGUAGCUGUAGAUUACUGUAUGUGUAUAGUUCCCAUUGUUUCGACGCAGCAUUGUGGCAUUCCUCAGUGAUUUACGACCAUUUCGUAUUCACCCUGCAGUCGUUUAUCGUUUUGUAAAUAUGACCAGAGUAAAGUAGUUAGUAGCCAAAAACCAAAUCGGGAUUGCAUUAUGUAGACGCAUUUUAUGUUAAUCAUGUAACCAGUUUACUAUCUAGUAUUUAAUAGUUACAAAAAAUUUAGUAAGAAAAAAAUUAAAAACAAACUGGUGCUUGGCACGAAGAUUACAUAAAUGUUUUCCAAUAAUUUCCAAAUAUAGCUGUGUUUAGGAAA